GGGUAGGAGGCAAUAAUCAGUGAUCAGCCGCGACCAGCAGACAGAAUAAGAACAAUAAAAGCUUUAUUAACUUUCAAUUCAGCGGGAGACCGUCUUUUAGCGCCGGAAGGGGAGUCUUCGUGUGUUAUUGCCAUCUCUCAACAUCUGGAAAUCGCCGCUCCCACUCCACUCCUUUUCUGGUUUCUGCGACGGUUCCGCCUCUUCCUCGUCGAAGUUCGCAGCGGAAGGCAGAGGCGGGAAAGUAGAAACAGCUAUCGUCUACCCUCUCAGCGGUUUACAUGGACUCUAUUCUUCCCCCCGAACCCCUUGCCCUAGCUCGCCUCCGUCCAACCUCCGCGCACCGCCUGCCUUGUGUGCCCUUGUCUCCAGUAUGCCGGCGACCUCCCGCCGCCUCCGCCUCCGCCUCUUGCUGCUUCAACACCUGCCAUCGCCCUUCCGGGAUUCGCAGGCUCCCCGCCCUGGUCGUCAGGGGAGCCUUGACGGCCAAUUCCGUACCGCCAAGAAACGGGGUAUAUACAGUGGGUGACUUCAUGACAAGAAAAGAGGAUUUACAUGUGGUAAAACCUACUACAACUGUAGAUGAAGCAUUGGAAGCUCUUGUGGAGAACAGAAUAACUGGUUUUCCUGUGAUUGAUGAUGACUGGAAGUUGGUUGGUCUUGUUUCAGAUUAUGACUUGUUAGCUCUGGAUUCCAUCUCAGGUGGUGGGCGAACUGAUGCAAGCAUGUUUCCUGAAGUUGACAGCACUUGGAAAACAUUCAACGAGGUACAGAAGUUGCUCAGUAAAACAAAUGGGAAACUGGUUGGUGAUCUGAUGACCUCAGCGCCAGUUGUUGUCCGUGAAACCACCAAUCUUGAGGAUGCUGCAAGAUUAUUGCUCAGGACUAAGUAUCGUCGACUUCCAGUUGUAGAUAGCAAUGGGAAGCUGGUCGGGAUUAUUACACGAGGAAAUGUUGUAAGAGCUGCACUUCAUAUGAAACGUGCUAGUGAAAUGGAAGCAUAAUCCAAUUCCAGCAAAAUAUUUUUGAGACGCUAGACUUUAAUUUGAUGUCGUCAAAAAAGAAGGGAGAGAUUUUUUAGGGCAGCUUAUUUGGCUAGCAAGCAUCACAGGCUGCUCCAUGUAUUCCAAGCUAAGGAGACCAAAGAUCACCCUUUUUUUUUUUUCAUGUACAAUUUUGGCAUAUUUAUGUAUAGAACUUCACCAACAUCAUUCUCACUAUAUAUAUGUAUGUAUGUAUAUAGUUAUAUGCAUCUACGGGGCUUCUGCUUACUUGCCCAUAACUGGCUGAGGCUCUCCCUUGUAUUGGGCAGUCAUACUAGUAUAUGGCACUGGAGUUAUUACAAAGGUUCAAUGUGGAGUCAUGGACGUACUGUGUUGAUAUUACAACCGGUUUUGGAUGCCAAA